AUGUUAAAGUAUAGACAACAUAUUAAAGGCAUUGAUCGAUACCUACUUAGCGCCUUUAAAUCGUGCAAAAAGUUUUUGAGAGAUAACGUUGACAUUAUGGUCACGAAAGCUGACAAGGGGCAGGUCACUGUUGUCAUGAAUAAGUCCACCUAUUUUGAGAAGAUGAAUUUGUUGCUCAAUGAUUCGACCACAUACAAGAAACUCACGAAGAAUCCAAUAAGAUUAUUAACCACACGUUUUAAUGAUCUCGUUAAGUCUUGGUUUAACAACGAAUUGAUAGAUGAUUUUACGUACAAAAGACUAUAUAAUACUACUUUUAACAUAUCUCGUAGUUAUGGAUUGCCGAAGAUACAUAAACCGGGUUAUCCGUUGCGUGUCAUUGUGUCGACUAUAGGCAGUCCAACGUACAAUGUUGCCUGUUAUAUACACAAGAUUUUAAAUGAUUUGGUUCCUAAGCCUGCUUCUUUCGUACGUGAUAUUUGGACAUUUGUAAAAGAAAUUAACAAUAGAAAGAUUGAAUCGAACGAAGUGCUUGUAUCUCUAGACGUAACUUCACUUUUCACAAACAUUCCAGAUGAGCUUGUCUUGAAAGUUAUCGAAAAACGAUGGCAUUUUAUUACUGUCCAUUGCAAAUUUUCUUUAGAACAGUUUAAACAUGCAAUUGGAUUGAUACUCGGGUCCACUAGCUUUCAGUUUAACGGUCAGUUUUAUGAACAAAUAUACGGGAGUCCAAUGGGUUCUCCAUUGUCUCCUAUACUGGCCGACAUGGUGAUGGAAGAUCUGGAGAUACAUUGCAUUAAUAAACUUGACUUUGAGCUAUCAACAUUUUACCGUUACGUUGACGAUAUAUUUGUCAUUUUACCUAAAGAUAGAAUGCAGGGUGUUCUUGAUAUGUUCAAUAGUUAUCACUCUAGACUCAAGUUUACUUGUGAAAUGGAACAUAAUAAUUCGAUUAGUGUUUUAGACACUAUUGUUAUCAGAGAUAAAUUCACACUAAUAACUAACUGGUUUAGGAAACAAACGUUUUCGGGACGUUACAUUAAUUUUUUCUCCAAUCAUUCUGAUGGACAUAAGAUUAGUGUUGUUAAAAGUUUGGUGGACCGAGCGUUGCUGUUGUCGGAUGGUCGAUUUCAUGCAUCAAACCUGAAAAUUGUACGCGAUAUUUUGGUCAAUAACUGUUAUCCUAUUGAAUUUAUCGACAAACAUAUUAAGAAGCGAAAGUUUGAGAUCAAACAUCGUGACUCUACACUUGAUAAUUGUGACACUGGAAUCGAAAAUCAUGCUAUUGACGUUAGAAAAACCUUUUUUAAAAUUCCAUAUAUCAGAAAUCUGAGCGAAAACAUAAAGAAAAACUUUAGAAGGUUCGGAGGUAAUAUUGUAUUUACUGUACCAAAAAAACUUGAUUGCGUUAUAAAGCGAGGAAAGGAUAAACUUACGAAAGGGCAAAGUACUGGUGUGGUUUACAAAAUUGACUGUAAAGAUUGUAAUCUGUAUCGGACAGACGAAACGACACUUGAAAACGAGAAUCAAUGA